CAAGGUUCUUGGCGAGAAGUGGAAGGCCCUGAACGAGAAGCAGCGCACUCCCUACGAGGCCAAGGCUGCUGCUGACAAGAAGCGCUAUGAGGAGGAGAAGGCCGCCUACCAGGCCGGCGAGGAAGAAGAAGAGGAGUCCGAGUAAAGGCCACCGCCUCAUUCGUGCUUCCACCAACAGCGUUGAAGAUGUCUUGUCAUGGGCGCAUUUCGAAAAGGACGGCCGCGGUCGGUGCAAAUCGCGCUGAUAGCGGGCGGUCAUGAUGUUUGGGCGUCUUACCCUCGACGUCGUGAAAGGAACAUCACGAAGCUCAUGACCAAGUCUAUGUACACUAGCAAUUGCGGCCUGGGUGUAGCACUGUGCAUGCUGAUAGUGGCUCAGGUCCCAGCUGAGCCCCUGAUGUUGGCACUUGUGUCUUGUCUGUUGUCAAAGUCAGGACAUGACGGCAUGAUAGACCCUUCCCAUCUACGGCAGACAGCAAGUGGUCCUCUAGCGACAAGUCCUCUUCGUCGUCUCCUCACACCGCCGAACCGGAUGCCCGCAUCCACGUCCAUCAAUCGAUCAUUGCAUCAAAGCGCCGUUGGGCUAGUGGUAUGCUAUCGCCUUCCCAUCGUACAUUCGCAAAUGAAGGAGGCGGGGAUCACGGGUUCAAACCCCGUACGGCGCAUUGCUUUCUUUUUGCCGCUCCUGUACAGGAGGUGGGGGUGUUUUUGCCGGGGGUGUCGCGUGGGAAUGAUAAUUUGGUGAUGUAGAAGCAAGGUAGAUGAUGUCACUCUUGCAGGCAUCGGGAAGUUGCAGGCGAUUGCAGUCCGUUGUUGGGAACCAAAUCCCAAAUGUGUAUGCUCACUAGUGAAUGCAAAUUGCGUGUCAGGCGCUGUGAUA